CUGAGGCCUAAGCAUAAGCAUUCUAAUUUGGCAAUUUCCAUCUUGGCUUCGGCAAUUUUGAGCUCUCGUUGUUCCGACACUGCAACUGCCAUUGCACACUUAUAUCAUCACCAUUUCCCAACUUCCAUCUUCAAAGGAUGGCUUUAGAAAGCUCUCAAGUACGAGAAACACCAAAUAUCCCUAUGUUAACAAUGGACCCAAGUCCAAUAGUGACUCCUGAAACUCCCACAAGAAUUCGGUAUGAAAAUUGGAGUCCUCAAAUGAAGUCAUAUCUAUCAAGUAGAGGUCUUUGGGAUGCUAUAGAGCCAAGUUCUGAGCAAUCACAGAACACCAUAGUGGAUUAUGAGACUUGGAGAAGGAAGAAUGCAGAAGCUUUAACUGCAAUUCAAGCUUGCUGUGAUGAUGGUAUCCGUUCAAUGAUUCACGGAAUUACCUCAGCAAAAAUGUUGUGGGAUACGUUGGCCAAAUUUCAUCAAGGAUACAAUGUCAUUGAUCCAGCCAAACUCCUAAAAGUGUUUCCAAGAGUGGUUCCUGGUUACCCCAUGAUGCUAUGGUAUUAUGACAAUGAGCGGAAAAGAUUUGGGCCAUUACACCAGGCUAUUCACCAGCGCGAUUGGGACAAGAUACAAGAUUUUCUAAAACGCAACAAAGAUGCAUUAACUGCUCGAAUUACACAAUAUGGCAGUUUGCCCAUUCAUGUUGCAGUUGCCAAUGGAUAUGAGGAGAUAAGUGAAAAUUUGAUUCGUUUAAUGUCAAAAGAACAGUUGGUAAUUCAAGACACAUUUGGUCAAACAGCUUUGCAUUUAACUGCUGCAUGUGGGAGCAGUAGGAUUACUAAAUGCUUAGUUCAAAAGAAUAAGGAGUUGGUCACCAUUCCAGACUUUAGAAUGAGAAUGCCAGCUUUGGCAGCAUGUAUAGGAAGCCAUAAAGAUACCGCUCUUCAUUUAUACCAUUGCACUCCACCAGAUGUUUGGUUUCCUGAAAAUGGUCCUCAUGGAUCUACUUUGCUCAAUCAAUCUCUCACUUCUGGAAUGUUUGAUAUUGCUUUGGAUGUGCUUCGACGGUGUCCGCGUUUAAUUAUUACUGCAAACAAUUGGAAUACCAUCCCAUUGCGCGAGUUGGCCUCAAUGCCUUCAUCAUUCCCAAGUUCUUGUCGGCUCAUAUUUUGGAAACAAUGGAUUUAUUCACGUAUACAAAUACAAUUACCCAUAACCUCAACUAGCAAUGAUAUGGCGUCUCAAAACAACCAAAAUGGACAAGAAGACGUUGCGGUGCAAGUGUUUGGUCAAUCUCAUGGACUUGUUUUGCGAAUAUUAAAAUUAUUAGGAAUCCAGGAAAUAUAUGAGAUGAAGUUGACCCAUGUCUAUGCGCUUGAAAUUCUACGCUGCCUCUGCAGAGAAAUAUCAACUUUAGAUCUUGAGGAGCUUCCACAGGGUCUAGUAGGAAAUGCACUUUUUCUGGCUGUCAAGAACGGGAUAACUGAAUUUGUGAUUGAGAUGAUUAAAGCUAAUCCCGAUUUUGUCAAUGAAAAUGACUUCUUUGGAAGAGGCAUAAUAUUGUCAGCAAUUGCAGAACGCCAAGAAAAGAUUUUUAACCUCAUAUAUGGCAUGAAUAUAGGAAAACGGAGACAGAUUUACAUGGCUGAUAACUACGGCAAUUCCAUGUUACAUUGGGCAGCAAUGUCACCUCCCUCACGGCUUGAUCGCAUAUCAGGCGCAGCUCUGCAAAUGCAAAGAGAAUUACAGUGGUUUAAGGAGGUAGAGAGUAUUGUGACACCUGGUACUAAAAUACAUCUCAAUAGCAAUGGUGAAUCAGCUUAUCAACUUUUCACUAGGAACCAUGAGCAGCUGAGGAAAGAGGGGGAGAAAUGGAUGAAAAGCACUGCAACUUCUUGUACAGUAGUAGGCACCCUUAUCAUUACCAUUAUGUUUACUGCGGCAUUUACCGUUCCUGGUGGAAAUAUUCAAGAAACUGGCUUUCCAAUAUUCUUGCGUGAGAAAUCUUUUUUGGUUUUCAUAAUCUCGGAUGCAAUUUCGCUCUUUGCUUCCUCAACUUCAGUACUGACAUUUCUAGGGAUCCUUACGUCACGUUAUGCAGAGGAAGAUUUCCUUAAAUCCUUACCCACGAAGUUAAUUAUUGGCCUUUUCAUGCUUUUCUUCUCUAUAGCAACCAUGAUGAUUGCCUUUUGUGCUUCUCUUAUAAUUAUUUUAGAUGGUAGGCUAUCGCUUGUCCUUCCAAUAAUUUUGCUUGCUAGCAUUCCUGUCACCCUCUUCAUAUUUCUGCAAUUUCCCCUGCUUGUUGAGAUCUUCAUGUCUACAUAUAGACCAAGCAUCUUUGACAGGAAAACGAAGCAUUGGUUAUCCUAAAUAUACUUGAUGUACGGUGCUAGGCCUAUGGUUUCAUCUGAACUUUGUGUCUAUCAUAAAACAUUGUGAUUUGUCAUUAUAUUAAUUGUUAUGCAUACAUCCACCUUUUUCCAUAUGUUGGCAUUGUUUACUCAAUGUAAAAGCUAAGCUUGUAAACGAGAGUUUAUUAAAGCGUGAAUAAAUACAUGUAUAAUUUAUUUUGUGUUCCA